CGGUUUUUUUGCAAGUUCACGCCAACAAGUGACUUCGAGACGGCCGCACACGCCUGAAAAUAUCGAAGAACUAUCGCACGAAUGCACUGCUGGUUGGACAGGGUCCAGGACUCGGCGCUGGCGCCCCCUGGGUAAUAAGUGCAGUCGCAGCGCAAAGGCCUACAGCGGCAGCACGCGUCGAGGGGCUGUGGCCAGGGCUGUAGGAUGACCGCGCAAGCCGCGCCGCCGGCGCCGGAAGACGAAAUACCGGAGGAGCGCCAGUUCCUCGGCGUGCCGGUGCGAAAUGCGCAUCGCAAGAGCCGGGCCAACCUCACGGCUGAAUUAUUAGCCGUCGCCCGCUCGUUGAUUAGAAGGAGACCGCCCUGUCCCAUUGAAGACGCGUCGGCCCUGCCGCCGCGACCGCCGUCACUCAAAGCAUUAAUCACGCCGCCGCCGUCGCCGCCUCCAAAAGUCGACGCGGACGCGUGCACGCGGUCCCGCAUCGAGGCGGCAGCACGUAGAUUAGCGCUUGAAGCGAGAUGCUUCUCCAGUGAUGACGUUUCCGCACAAAUUGCCACGUACCUCUGCGAGAACGGCUUCCACGGCGAUAGAGCGUGGGCGACGUGCGUGGGCGACGUGUGGUACACACGAAACUUCCUGUACGAUGUCGUGGCGCGCUUGGCGCCCUCGAUAAACUCGCCGCGCUACGCCCAUGCCUUUGCUAGGAUGCCUCUACCGACGUCGGACGCGUGGAGCUACUUCGAGGUCGAGUUGACAUACGACGGCGACUUCGUCGAGUGCUUCGUGGGCGCCCAGAGCGCCAAGGAGACGCGGCGCGGCGUCGUCGGCGGGAAAUCUCGCGGUUCUUUUGCUCUCGCGACGCUCGGAGGGUUGUAUAGCGAGGGCGCUUUUCGGAGAGGCGGCCUCGAGGGCCGGGCCUGCGACCGGGUUGGCGUGCUGUCGCGUGUUGUCGGCGAGCACCGUCACGUGAUUUUUGUAGCAAGGCGGCGCGGCGGUUUCACGCGGCGCGCCGUCGGCGCGUGCCAAGUGUCACGUAGUCAGGACGUCUUCCCCACCGUUACGCUACGAUCGCGCGGCGUUUCUGUGAAAGCGCUCCUCGACGCGGCGGUCUUACCUCGAAGGCGCGACCUUCCUGAGGAAGGAGCGGUCUACGCCAUAAGUGGAGAGCGGCUCGCCGACUAACUGUUGUUGUUCGUGA